ACUGUCACUCAUCUUGUCUGCUAUUCGUGCACUGCACCUCACCGCACCGCAAAGCAACGCAACGCAACAGACCACACCAGAGUGGCAUGGAGUGCCAGUGGUGCGGAGGAGAUCAUCAUAUCAUUCUGCCUUGAAUUAAUAAAAAAAAAUAAAAAAAAAAAGUCUCUCAGACUGGAGCUGGCUCCCAUCGUUCACUAAAAAGAACUGGUUCUUUGAACCAGCCCGUUCUCGACCUUCACAUCACUAGUCCAGCGAGCUGAUGAUGAUGAUGAUGAUGAUGAAGAUGAUGAAGAUGAUGAUGGCAGCAGCAGCGAUACAAACCUCCCAGCUUCACUGAUUGUGAGUCUUGCAUUCAAAUGGAGGACAGGACUGUCGUCAGAUAAUUGGAGCUGCAGCUUCCAAGUUGCUGAAGACUUGAGAAAACCAUAUGAGAUGUGAAUUCGCUGAAUGAAGAAUGAGAAACCUGAGUCACGGCGUCACUGCAGAAGACUGACCAGCACCGUCGUUUAGGUUUGAGCGCCGCUCAUUCAGACUCAUUCUGCUCCUCUGCCUCACACACCUUCGUCCACCAGCUCUGCUGUCCAGCCCAGGCAGAGAGGACCCGUCCCUCUCCCCAGGCUUCGCGCCCUCCCAUCGGCGGCCCACUCUGGCGGUGUGUUGGUGUACGAUGGCGCGGUGGGACGCUGAGGGCUGCCGCGUGGGACUGUGAUGUCAAUGCCCAACAGCCCGGGCGAGAGCCGGCGUGGCGCUCCCAGAUUCUUCGUGGGCUGCGAGGACGAUGAGAGCGAGGUCCCGGAAGAUAGCAUGAGGACAGACAUGGAGCUGUAUGAGGACGACGAAGACACAGACUCGACCCCGGAGCAACAGAUCGUGGUGGGGAUCUGCUGCAUGAUGAAGAAGUCCAAGUCCAAGCCAAUGACCCAGAUCCUGGAGAGGCUGUGCAAGUUUGAGUACAUCACUGUGGUCAUCUUCCCAGAGGACGCCAUCCUCAACGAGACCGUGGACAAAUGGCCUCUGUGUGACUGCCUCAUCUCCUUCCACUCCAAGGGAUUCCCGCUGGACAAGGCAGUGAGCUAUGCCAAACUGAGAAACCCUCUGCUCCUCAAUGACCUGAACAUGCAGUACUACAUACAGGACAGGAGAGAGGUGUAUCGCAUCCUGCAGGAGGAAGGGAUUGAUUUACCACGCUAUGCUGUGCUGAACCGUGACCCAGAUAAACCAGAUGAGUGUAACCUGGUGGAAGGAGAGGACCAUGUGGAGGUGAACGGAGAGAUAUUCCAGAAGCCUUUUGUUGAGAAGCCGGUCUGCGCUGAGGACCACAACGUCUACAUCUAUUACCCAACCUCUGCUGGUGGAGGCAGCCAGCGGCUCUUCAGAAAGAUCGGGAGCCGGAGCAGCGUGUACUCACCAGAGAGCAGCGUGAGGAAGACGGGCUCUUACAUCUAUGAAGAGUUCAUGCCAACAGAUGGCACCGAUGUUAAGGUGUAUACUGUGGGGCCGGACUAUGCUCAUGCUGAGGCUCGGAAGUCCCCGGCUCUGGACGGGAAGGUGGAGAGAGACAGCGAGGGGAAGGAGGUCCGCUACCCCGUCAUGCUCUCAGCCAUGGAGAAGCUGGUGGCCCGUAAGGUCUGCCUAGCAUUCAAGCAAACAGUGUGCGGCUUCGAUCUUCUCCGAGCCAACGGACACUCCUAUGUGUGUGACGUCAAUGGUUUCAGUUUUGUGAAGAACUCAAUGAAGUACUACGACGACUGUGCCAAGAUCCUCGGGAACAUCGUGAUGCGUGAGCUGGCUCCUCAGUUUCAGAUUCCUUGGUCCAUCCCCACUGAGGCGGAGGACAUCCCCAUUGUUCCCACGACUUCAGGAACCAUGAUGGAGCUCCGCUGUGUCAUCGCUGUCAUCCGACAUGGAGACCGAACGCCCAAACAGAAGAUGAAGAUGGAAGUUCGCAACCCCAUGUUCUUUGAUCUUUUUGAAAAAUAUGGAGGAUACAAAACAGGGAAAUUAAAGCUGAAGAAGCCAAAACAACUGCAGGAGGUGCUGGACAUCACGCGGCAGUUAUUAGCAGAACUGGGACAGCACAACGACUGUGAGAUAGAAGAGAAGAAGUCCAAACUGGAGCAGCUGAAGACUGUUCUGGAAAUGUAUGGACACUUCUCGGGGAUCAACAGAAAAGUGCAACUAACCUACCUGCCCCAUGGGCAGCCCAAAACCUCAAGUGAGGAAGAAGACACUCGUAAGGAAGGUGCGUCUCUGCUGCUGGUGCUGAAGUGGGGAGGAGAGCUGACUCCUGCUGGCAGAGUUCAGGCUGAGGAGCUGGGAAGGGCUUUCCGCUGUAUGUACCCCGGAGGUCAAGGAGACUAUGCUGGAUUUCCAGGCUGUGGGUUACUACGGUUACACAGCACCUACAGACACGACCUGAAGAUAUAUGCGUCUGAUGAAGGCAGGGUGCAGAUGACGGCCGCAGCUUUCGCAAAGGGUUUGCUGGCUCUGGAGGGUGAGCUGACACCCAUCCUGGUGCAGAUGGUGAAGAGCGCCAACAUGAACGGGCUGCUGGAUAACGACAGCGACUCGCUGAGCAGCUGCCAGCACCGCGUCAAGGCCCGACUCCACGAGAUCCUGCAGAAGGACCGAGACUUCGCUGACGAGGACUUUGACAGGCUGGCCCCGACCUCGAGUGUCUCUUUGGUGAAUUCAAUGAAGAUAGUCGAGAACCCAGUGGCCACGUGUGACCAGGUCUACGCCCUCAUUCAGAGCCUCACCUCACAGAUCCGCAAAAGGAUGGAGGACCCCAAGUCAGCUGACCUGCAGCUGUACCACAGUGAGACACUGGAGCUGAUGCUGCAGCGCUGGUCCAAACUAGAGAGAGACUUCCGCAUGAAGAACGGCCGCUACGACAUCAGUAAAAUACCGGACAUUUACGACUGCGUGAAGUAUGAUGUCAUCCACAACGCUACGCUGGGCCUGGAGGACACGCUGGAGCUGUUCAGACUGUCUCGAGCUCUGGCCGACAUCGUCAUCCCUCAGGAAUAUGGCAUAAAUAGAGUGGAGAAAUUGGACAUAGCAUACGCCCACUGCCUCCCGCUGGUCAGAAAGAUCCAGCUUGACCUGCAGAGGACCCACGAGGACGAGUCUGUCAACAAACUGCACCCUCUGUACUCUCGUGGAGUGAUGUCUCCCGGGCGCCAUGUCAGGACACGGUUAUAUUUCACCAGCGAGAGUCACGUUCACUCCCUGCUCAGCAUUUUCCGCUAUGGAGGCUUGCUCGAUGAGGAGAAUGACCAGCAGUGGAAGCGUGCCAUGGAUUACCUCAGUGCUGUCUCUGAACUCAACUACAUGACUCAGAUUGUCAUCAUGCUGUAUGAGGACAACAAUAAGGACCUAACCUCUGAGGAACGCUUCCACGUAGAGCUUCACUUCAGCCCCGGUGUCAAAGGCGUCGAAGAGGAGGAGAACGCACCGACCGGCUUCGGAUUCAGGCCCGCUUCUGCAGAGGUAGCACGGCAGAACGGGCAGAAACAGACCGACCCCGGCAGCCUGGAGGACCUCACGCGAGAUGAGACCGACCGCGCCGUGCCGCUGUCUGAGCCAAUCACCAUUCAGAGGAGGUCUCCGCUAAUACGCAACCAUAAGACUGGAUCCAUGGAGGUUCUGUCCGAGACAUCGUCCUCCAAAGUAGGCAGUUAUCGCCUCUUCUCGUUGUGCUCACGUCAAUCCCCCGAGAUGAAACAAAGUGGAUUAGGCUCUCAGUGCGCCGGGCUCUUCAGCACCACUGUCCUAGGUGGGUCCUCUAGCGCCCCUAACCUGCAGGACUACGCACGCGCACAUCGCAAAAAAUUCUCCACCGGCAGUCUGUCCUACAAAGACGAGUUGUUGUCUAUGCCGGCAGUAAAACGAUUUUCUGUGUCGUUUGCAAAGUAUCCGACUAAUGGAACACAAGAUGACACAUCCACCAUAGCUCCACCUGUGUGGUGCCCUGCAAAAGAGCCCCUGGAGGAGCACCGUGUGGCCCAGUUGUUGAGGCAUUUCUCCAGCAACCUCAGCCUGGGCCACCACCUCUCUCUGGACGGGGCGCUGGCCCACCACCUCCACCAGUGCUCCUACCACCUCCGCCUCUUCCGAAACUGGCUCAUCUCCGGCCAAGACCCCCUAGAGUACCUCCACGGCUUCGAAGGCUGCUCCAUGGUGCCCUCCAUCUAUCCUCUGGAAACGCUCCACAACUCGCUGUCGCUAAAGCAGGUCAACGACUUCCUCACCAUUGUGUGCGAGAGCGCCGGGGAUCCACACACGAGGACCACCAGAGCUCUGUCAGCCAUGUUUGACACACACAACCAGCCGUCGGUGGACUCGUACAUCCCUCAGAGAGUCCUCACUUCCUCCAUCUCUCUCAGAUCUCGUUCUGACAGACCUCCUUGGUACAGCAGCGGUCCAUCCAGCACGGUAUCCAGCGCUGGACCGUCUUCUCCCACUACAGCCGACACUUCCCCACGCUUCAGCUUCAGUGAUAAGAUCUCCCUCACCCCUCAGAGCAGCGAGGAAACUCACUCCUCUCAAAACAUUUCCUCUCAGCCAGUUACCGCCGUCGGGUCACAAGGCCUCGACCCAACUUGCUCUGCUCAGUCAAACCCCGGCGAAGUCCCUCUGACUCCAAAUAACUCGCCAGAGGAUGACGGUGAGCUCUGUGCUGUUACUGAUCCUGAACUUACAGAGGAAGAGCCAGAGGUGGCUUCUGAAGCCGUGGAUGCCUCCAACGUUUCAGAUAUCGGCCUGAGGCCGCCCUGCUCUGCGUUGGCGGAUCUCACUCUGGCUCGGAUGGAGGGUUACUGCCUCCCCGGCUCUCUGCCGGUGCUGCUGGAGCUCCGAGAGAGCAGCAGCGAGGCGGGCUCCAGCUCCCAGACGCCCCAGUCUCCCGAGGGACCCGACGAGUUCUUUGACACUCAGGAGUCGAUGGAGCUGUGGAUGGACAGUCCAGAAAGCCUCCCCCAUCCUGAGUCACCGCUAGAGGUCGGAGCCACUCACACAGCAGAGCCGUAGAGACCUCAGAUCUGUCAGAAACUACUGUGGUUACAUCUGUAACGUUACAAACAUCAUCCUUGUUGUCUAUCGUGAGCAGUGAGGCACUGUACUGUGUUACAGCCGACCGACCUCCCAUCUCCUCUAGCUUGACGACUACUGCGUGUUGAGUAAUAAUGAAUGGGCAGCUGAUCCUCACUAGGCUCUGUGUUGGACAAUCAUAUGACAAUCAUUCAUGUUCAUUGCCUUUUAAAGAAAAGCACACUGGGGACACACCAGUGACACCACUGAGCCUCCUCUGACAGUCCACUGGUUCAGUCCGUCUGUCUCUAGACAUGUAGGGAGACACUUGUUGUAAGGUGAAGCUUUAUUGUCAAGCUCUCUGUUACUGUCGCUUAUAUGCGGUUGCACAAGCUCUUUCUUUAAAGCUGCAUUAAUCGAUUUAUGGCCACUAGGGGGCAGAAACGCCCCGACAUGUUACCACCUUAUAAAGCUGUUAUAGAGAAGGUGUUAUACAUCCAGCAGACACAGAACUAAAUCAUCAUCCUAUAGGUGAUGUGUUUGUGUCUGCUCUGGUUUGCUCUCUAUCAACUCCUGAGAAAAAUAUCUGUCAAUUUAUCUGCUCGAUGAUCCACUAUCCAUCAGACUGGCACAUUCUCAAAAAGUCAAGGCCUUGCCCCCUUUUGGGGGACAGAAAACCGAAGAUCCCAUAGACUUCAAUGUAAUCUGACGUAUGUUUGGAUUGUAAUUUUGACAAGUUUGUCUGCAUUCAUCUCUUGUUAAACAAACGUUUGUUUUAUACACAUGUCUAAUAAUUAUUUUGCGAUCUUGUCUGAACCUGAGCGUUCACGAUACCUUAAUAAACGAAGGUUGAUCGCCCUCAUGUCCCUUCAGUCUUCCCCCGUCCAACACAGUGGCCGGAUAUUGCUGAUCCAGACAUCUCUACAUAUUGAAGUGUUGUCUGUAAAUAACCAACGUGUUAAUAGACAACUGUUUGAUCUGUAGGCUGAGAUUUAAUUGGAGACGACAGUCUGAUGCUGCUAUGACGUUAAUGUAUGACUGUAUUACUGCAGCAGCCUCCCACUCAAGCUAACGUUAGCUAGCCGUGCUAGUCACUGUCACCAGCAUCAUUUAGCACACUGACAGUGAAUAUUCCCGUAUCGUAUGAGCCUCAAAUCUCGGUGUGAAAGCCUCGGUUAACCCGCUGCACAACAGCUUUUUGGCAUUUUCUAUUAUCUCCCAUGUGACAGCGAGUUUCAAACAGGAAUAUUAGUGGAAUAUUCCUUUUAAUUAGCCAUGUAAACAGCUUAGUAGGAAUAUUUUCGUGCGUGUAAACGUAGUCGGUGUCUGUUUGCUAUUUUGUGCCGGGCAGGUGAGGUGACAGUGAGUUUAUCAGGGGUUGAUGAGAGCGUUGAGUCUUAACCAUACACAAAAUCUGCUGUUAAACUAAAACAAAAAAGCUAAAAGAAAAAGAGUUGCCACAUUUCAUGUUUUCAAAUUGAUUCAUUGUGACCAUAAAUAAGUCGAUUAAUGGAGCUUUAAACUGUGAAGUCUGUCUCACUUCUUUCUUACCUUUAGCCUUUACCCUUUGGACAGCUGCAGUAGUGAACCAGCUUUCCUGACAUCCAUCACAAUCCGGUGACGGGUAUCAGGACACGUGUUGUGUCGUGGCGUUGGGGCAACCACAUCUUCUUUGUUUGUUACAGGAUACAGUGACGCAUAGACUCACUACUGUUUAUGAGAAACAGGAAAUGACUCAAAGUACCAGACAGAGAAAAUCCAAUCUGUGGCUCUUCGUCGUACGCCAGCGUUCGUCCUGUGCUGAGCUUCUGUGGCGCUACAUGUUACGUACGUGCAUCUGUGAUUUUAAAAACAAAAGAAUCUUCAUUACUGACAGUAAAAUAUAAUAAGUGUUCAAUCUCCAGGUCAAACUGUGUGUGCACUGCUUACUGCCAAAGUCCUUAAGCUUCAUGGAAGAUUUUAAUAUAAUCAGUAGGAAAUUGAUAGAGAGAAAAAUAUUUAUUUUGAAAUGAGUAUUUAAAAAAAAAAAAAAAAAAGAAAGUCUGGUAUUUUUGAUACCCACAUCAGAUAUUUAAUUGUACCAUAGCUAUUGUAUAUUUUUUGUAAAAUCACCUCAUGACGUGGGAAAAAUCUGAAUCUCUCAUUUUAUCACUGAACAAACAGGAGGAGCAUUUUACAUUUAAUGUGCUUUUAUUGUGGCAAGCAGUUAUGUAGCAGGUGUGUAUGUACAGUAUGUGUGAGUGUGUGUGUGUGUUUGGGGGGGCGGGUGCACACAUGCUUGAGAAGCAAUUCAGGUAGACGAGUACGCUGAUGUGCAAUUCUGUGUUUUAACAGUGGGAUUUCAUGUUACAUUGCGAUGUACUGUAGAGGUGAGAAACACAACUGUGAGUUAGUGAAACUGACAUGUCAACCCGUGCGUGCGUGCGUGCGUGCGUGUGCAGAUAAUCACUCUGUUUUGCUUCUGUGCUGCAGGUGCUGUUUGCUUAAAGGGUCAGUUCGCUCAAAUUACAAAAAAAGCCUAAAACGUUUGCUCACUUGAGGAUAGUGAGAACAUGUUGGUGUCCAUGCAGAUAGUUUGGGGUUUUAUGUGUUCAGGUUUUUCAGCAGUGAUGUGUGUUUCCAAAAAACAGUGUCCCCAUCACUCUGGAUAAUUCAGACCUCACAGUUUUCCUUCGAAAUACUGAACUCAACGGCAACUUAACAGCAGGUUGAACAUCAGUAAGUGCAUUUCCAUCUAAGUGUUCGUUAGCGCAUUUUCAAGUUGCAUAUAAAAAACCUCAGUGGAAGAGUGGAAACCCCAGAAAUAAAAAAAAAAGGUAAAAUAUCACAAAAGUUUUAACUAAGGCUGUCAAUCAAUUGUUUUAUC